AUGGACGAAGAAGAUGGUCUUCCACUUGUGGAACAGACUCAGGAGGAGAAGAAGAGACCGAAAGAGGGAUUGUUUGGUCUAAUAUUGAGACCCAUACGUUGGGUUAAAAUGCUGUGUGAUGAGCUGCGUUGGAGCUUUGUGUUGAGUGUGGGGAUCGUUUAUGGACUCAACCAGGGUCUGGGUAUGGGUCUGAGUCGUCUUACCAUAGCGUAUUACAUGAAGGAUGUGCAGAAAUUACAACCCUCUGAAGCACAGGUUUAUUCUGGGAUUAUUCUAAUUCCUUUUAUUAUCAAACCUUUAUGGGGUCUUCUCACUGAUAUUGUUCCCAUCAAUGGAUACCGGAGGCGGCCAUAUUUCGUUUUUGCCGGCUUUCUUGGUGUCAUCUCUAUGCUUACACUAUCACUGCACAAGAAGUUGCAUCCUGCAUUUGCGUUGGUGUCCCUGAUGGGAGCAAGUGCUGGGGUAGCAAUUGCAGAUGUGACUAUUGAUGCCUGCAUUACAGAGAAAAGUAUAAUGCAUCCUCCUCUUGCCGCGGACAUGCAGAGCUUGUGUGCGCUGAGCUCUUCUAUUGGUCUACUAUUGGGAUAUUCAGUUAGUGGCAUUCUUGUUCACCAAAUUGGACCCAGGGGUGUGUUUGGAGUGCUAUGCAUUCCAUCUGGGCUUGUCAUUUUGGUUGGCGUGAUGCUGAAAGAACCUAUUAUGCACAACUUUGCCUACAGUCGGGUGAACGAAAAGCUUCUGGAUGCUAGUAAGGCUAUGUGGACAGCGCUAAAAUGCCGAUUUGUCUGGCAGCCGUGUUUAUACAUGUACUUGUCACUUGCAUUGUGCUUGAACAUUCAUGAAGGAAUGUUCUAUUGGUAUACAGAUGCUAAAACAGGCCCAUCUUUCUCUCAGGAGGUUGUUGGGUCCAUAUUUUCUAUCGGUGCGGUUGGCUCCAUCUCUGGGGUUCUUCUCUACCAAAAUGUUUUCAAACACCAUCCUUUUCGUCAAAUACUUUUCUGGACUCAAUUGCUGUAUGGUGCAUCAGGGAUGUUGGAUUUAAUAUUGCUGUUCCGUAUAAACUUGAAACUUGGUGUACCAGAUUUUUUUUUUGUUGUGAUUGAUGAAGCUGUUUCUCAUAUGAUUGGACGCCUCAAAUGGAUGCCUCUUCUUGUACUCAGUUCCAAACUCUGCCCCUCUGGUAUAGAAGGCACUUUCUUUGCUUUGCUUAUGUCAAUUGAUCAUAUUGGGAAGCUCUCAUCAUCCUGGUUAGGAGGCAUCUUGCUCCACGUCUUGAAUGUUACACGAACACAAUUUGACAACCUCUGGAUUGCCAUAUUGAUCCGGAGCUUAUUAAGAAUUCUCCCGAUUUCACUGCUAUUUUUGGUGCCCAAAAGUGAUCCUGAUACAUCAAUUCUUCCACCUGAGAUGUUGAGAUCGAGAAAGAGUAAUGAUAUACUUGAAUCUAGGAAUACGGAAAUGGCACCCCUUGACAACAGCUCUUGACCAGAACUUAGGGAGUGUACAGAUGCACUUUCCACGUACAUCUGAUUGUCCAUGACAAAUUGUGGAGACUAACCAAAUGAAGUGCAUGAAACAGAUUGGUAUGAGGGAGAUGUUAAAGGAUUAAAGCGAGGCUCUUGUCGAUUGUACCCUAAUUUUCAAGUCACCCUUUGUCAGCUCACUUCUUGUGUCCCCCCAAUUCAACUAGAGUCUGAAUAUUAUCACCUCAUUUCUGAUUUUGGGAUCGAGUGUCUGGACUUGAAUAUUUUCAGAAAUCGACUGUUAUUGAAGACUCCGGUCCAGAGAGGUACUUACUGGUCCGAAACCCCCAAUACUUCAUCUGCAUUAUAGUGGUAACUCUGAUAAGUACCAUGGCAUUCUAUGGUUUGAUAAGAAACUUUGGCACUUGUAUUCCAUAUGUGCUUUUCUAAUUGUCUUCAAUUUAUUGCUGAUAGCAGUAGGUUUUUUCCGUUGCCUGAUGUGCAAGUGGUUGUGCCUAAUGUGGUGGGGCUAAUAUCUUGAGUUAAAGCUCUCUGCUUGCUAAACAUUUUCUGGUAUUUCUA